ACUUUUAGUACUCUUUGUAUGACUAUUGAGGAGCUAGCAUCUACAAAACAUGGACACGAAUUAUCAACGUCAGUUUCUUUACUUGUUUGAGAGAAUUGGUGAAAAUCUCUCAUUUGGACCUCGAGGAUCCGGAACCAAUUUGACCUAUUUCAACACUUCAAAUGCGUGUUCUGAAAUCCAACAUGCGUCUACCAUACGAAAACAAGGAUUUUCUAAUGUUCAAAUGACGGAAAUUCAAGUCGCUAGCCCUGCAAACCCCCCAAAUCUUACCAACAUUGGUCGAAUAUGUCCGAAAACGUCACUGUACUCAUAUUUCAAUCCAAACCAUCGACGUGCAGUGAUAGAACUACGGCAAAUAUUUUUG